AUGGAUACGGACCCUUUCGCGGUGUGGGACGAUCCCCAACCGGCAUCAUUAUCAUCAUCAUCCACACAGCCGACGGCUAAAGCUCAAGGGGCAGCAAACGCAGCAGACGACGCGCGCAUCUCGCUCGAGUUUGAGCAAGAAGAUCCCGGAUGGGGUGUCGCUUCGGCAUCGACGUCGAGGGCGACUAGUCCCGAAAAGUCGCGCAAACCAGCAACCCAACGAUCGAGGUCGCAGGCGAGCAUCUCCCCAAUGGCGACCGCAGUGCCGGACACUGCAUCGGAGGUGCCGACGCUCGUAGAGGCCGCGCAGCCUUCGAAUCAAGCAGACUCAGCAGAGGAGCCGAAACCUCAGCGAGCAUUGAGGGCAGAAGAUGCAGAAGCAGCUUCGAGCGCUGCCGGACAUGAAAGCGAAGAAGACAAGGAUGUGUUCGAGGAUACAGAGGACACCCUGGCCACACCACAAGACCCACACCCGGCGCAACCAGCGCAACCAACGCAGACAGAACCGGUGCACGAAAAUUUUGACGUGGAGGACUCGGCUGGAGGCGAGGAGAAGGGCGAUGAGGACGACGACGGAUUCGACGACUUUGGCGAAGCUGCGGGAUCAGGAGGUGGAGCAGCGGAGCACGACGAUUUCGGCGACUUCGACGACUUUGAAACGGGCGACGCACCGGAUGAUGACGCUUUCGGCGACGACGGCUUCGACGACCAAGACUUUGACGAAGCAGCAGACGCUUCUGUCCCAGCACCCUUGCCGUUGCAGGCUGCUGCGCCGACGCGCACAUGGACGCCGCUCGACGUCACGCCUACAUCGAAUCGGCUCGAUCUUGCUGCGGGCGUAUCUGCGCUAUUGCCGCUGUCUUGCGCAGCGGAGAAGGAGCUGACGAGCACGGCGUUGCGGCAGGUGGAAGGUGCGGCGCAGGUGCUGGUGAGCGGCGGCUCGCGCGAGAUGUGGACGGAGCUGUCGUCGGUGCCCUCGGUCAAGCCGAUCGACUGGGUGCGCAGCAAGACUCGACGCGACUACCUCAUCUCGAUGGGCGUGCCCGUGAAUCUGGACGAGAUCCACUCCUCGUACGAUUCGCAAUCGGGCCGGUCAGGACAGCUUCCACCGCUGCAGCUCAAGUACGACUCGGGACGUGGCGGCGAAGGAUUGCAGAGGAGUUCGAGUCUCAAGCUCGCGGGGAGUGCGGCUGGAUCGGCUGUGGCGCAACGCUCGGCGUCUACAUCCAACAGUCCGCGCGAUGGCAGCUCGCCGGCUCUUGGUACGAGCACGAAUCGAGAACGUAUGGCCGAGCGACGUCGGGAGGAAUUGGGACUGGGUCCAGCGCCGCAGGUGGAUCUGCGUCGUGCCGAGGAGCUGGUGAAGAAGAGCGAGGAUCAGCUCACGCUGCUGUCGUUGCCGGCACUGCAGGCGAUGGUGCGCGAACUCAACACGCUCACCACGUCGACGUCGAGCCUGCUCACGCACCACCUCACGCUGCGCGAGAGCUUCCAGGCGGAUUCGGAGAUGUACAAUGCCAUGAUCAAGGAGCUCGUCACGGGCGCCGCCACGCGCUUUAGCGGUGCAGGUGCAGGCACCGGCUCGGGCGGCAGGGGCGAUAUGAGGAGAUCCACCACCAUGGGUGUAGCUUCGUCCGGCGCCGCAAAGACCAGGGUCAACAGUUUGCCCCCGCCCGGUGCGAAUGGAAGGUCUAGUCCCUCGCUCUCGCUCAGAGGCGGUGCGGGGUCAGCCGCCAGUCCCCGACGUUAG